AUGGCUAAAAACAAUGUAGUUUCCAUACCUUUGUGCCCUAAUACCAAGGUUACACUUGAGUGUACCACAGAAAAUGUUCCCUCAACACUUUAUAGGUUCAUUAUUGGUAGUUUGCUGUAUCUCAUAGCUUCUAGACCUGACAUUAUGUAUUAUGUGGGCUUAGUUGCAAGAUUUCAAAGCAAUCCAAGGGCUUCUCACCUACAAACUGCCAAAAGGAUCCUCAGAUAUGUCAAAGGAACUCUCUCCUAUGGUCUUCACUAUCUUUACUCACCCUCCUUGCCUAUUAUAACUUAUUCUGAUGCAGAUUGCAGUGGUUCUCUACCUGAUAGGAAGAGUACUUCAGGCUGUUGGUACCUUCUUGGCUCAUACAUGGUCUCUUGGCUUAGUAAAAAACAAAGCACAGCGUCUUCAUCCAUUACAGAGGCUGAGUACAUAGCUGCUGCACAAGCUGGUUCACAAUUACUAUAA